AUGAAGAUUUUUUCCCCCUUCGUCGCGAAUGGUGUGUAUUAUCCCAACUGGAGGAUCUAUAGGAAUGAGCCUCCAAGUUCUUUGAAGUUGGGAUUGAUAUCUCACGUGUUCUAUUCUUUUGCGUGGGUGAAGCUGGAUGGAACUGUCUAUUUGAGUGAUGAGUGGGCGGAUUCACAGAUUGAUGUUGACGGUACGAAGGGUUGCCUGAGAUCCUUUCAAAAUUUGAAGGCGAAGCACAGUCACUUGAAAGUGGUAUUGUCAAUUGGCGGCGGUGGAAAGGGCAGUGACAACUUUGCCGCUGUGGCUGCGAAUCCUGCUUCUAGGGAGCGAUUUGCCCACACGGCCCGGGAGCUGGUCAACGAAUACGGACUCGAUGGGAUAGAUAUCGACUGGGAACACCCAUCCGAUCAUAAGCAGGGACACAACUACAUUGCGCUCCUUGCUGCCAUCAGACAACAUCUCCCUUCCCCGCAUUAUGUCCUCACAUCUGCUCUACCGGCAGGUGAGUGGGCGCUGCGGAAUAUCGACCUCUGCAAUGCACACCAGUACCUGGAUUACAUCAAUCUAAUGACGUACGACUUUUCGGGACCCUGGGUUCCUCAAUCGGGUCAUCACGCCCAGCUAUUUUCUCCCCGUCAUCCCCACAACGAGGCAGCACGCCUCUCCGCCGACUCCGCCGUCUCCUACGUCACGUCCAAGUCCGUCCCACCCUCGAAGAUUCUCCUCGGCAUACCAGCGUACGGAAGGAGCUUCCUGGGCUGCCACAACCCCGGACAAAAGUACUCUGGCAGCGCCGGCGAGGAGGGGACAUUCGAGUACAAGGACCUGCCUAGGCCUGGAGCUAUAGAGUACACUGACGAGAAUUUGGGGGCUGCAUGGUGCGUUGGUGGUGAUGGUGGUUGGGUCAGCUAUGAUAACCCUGCCACUGUCAAGAUUAAGGCGGGAUAUGCCAGGAAUAAUAGACUUGGUGGAGUCUUCUUCUGGACGGGAACGGCGGAUGGAGAGGGGUCUAGAAGUCUUGUCGAAGCGAGCUUCAGCAGACUUCACACGCAGUAGUAAAGUAGCUAGUACCCUCAUCAUCAUGAAUGGGAACGCGGCGUUAACUCUUUCUGUUCUGUUCUGUUCUGUUCUUUUCUUUUUUCGCUCACAAGUACGUUUUUGUAUCGUUCAUCUCACAUUUCAUUGCUUGCUUGCUUCUGAAAAUUUCCCCGAUAUUUUUCGUCCCAAACCAAACCAAACUUGGUUUCUUCAAAGGGCUUGGGCUACUGUAAGGUUCGCAUUACAUCAUGCAUCCUUUCCUCUUCCUCCAAGUUAUUGCACUGUAUUGUAGCACUGUGCUCGGGUACCGUACCUGCAGCCGGAAUUAGAACGCGGCAAUAUUCAACUAUCCAUCCAUCAGUAAGUUAUGUUACUCAUUCCUUCCAUUCAUGGUGGAAGCAAUUUUUAAAGUGGGCGUAUCAUUGUUAAAAAAAAAGAAAAAAAAA